AUGCCUUUAACAACCCCAGUUCUGACCGUGGAUGCGGAUAAUAUCCAUAAGGUGGACACUGCAAAUGCCCAGAGUCUUCAUAGCAUGUGGAUGGGUAAGCUUGACCAAAAUAAAGCGGUCAAUGUCUCAUUAACUGACAAUGAUGAACUAGUGUUCUCGAAAUGUGCCGACUACAUGGACCAAGGCCGUCGACUAGAAAACCUGAGCUGGCGUCUGUGGACUCGCGAAACCUUCUGUGUCGAACAUAAGAACCUCGAGCACACUACUUCCGUCCUAAAAAAGAUGCGAUCUGACUCGGGUGACCUACCGGAGCUUUCAGCUAGUGUCGAGUCGGCCGCAUCCGACCAGGCUGAACGCAUUGAAGCCCAUAUAAAGCGUCCUAAGUUCUCUGAUUACCGACCCGCUGUGGUUCGAGAAGACUCGCUGGCCAGUCUGGGUCGGGGUAAGGAGAAGCAUAUCACAUCAUUGGAUCUGGAGCGCAUGGUUGUUAACAUCAAGGAGCGAAAGAGCCUCGAGCCUCUGGCUCCCAUGGUUGAGACACCCGCUCCAAUUGUUGAUAUUACUCCCCAGACUCUGACGCCCACUCCCACCCCUCCGGGAUUUUCUACUACCCGACAGCUUCCAAUUUUGUCUCGGCCGACGCCGCGUCCACGCGAGUCUACUGAGUCUUGCUCCACCACUGCUCCUGAAGGUAAUGAGAGUGAUACCGCCCAUGCUACCACAUCCGACACCAGCGUUUCAUCGUCUGGCGUCCUACCGUCUCGCGAAUUGGUUAAGUCACCCAGCGUCAUUCGUGGGUUCUCGCCGUCCCUCAUCUCUUCUUCCUUCCGAUCGCAAGGUAGACUAGCUCCCGAGCCAAGCCCUACGCACGCAACUACGCAGUUGGUGAAACCCUCGCCGUUCAAUAAGAAGGGUGGCAUGUUUACAUUGGGUGGAUCAUCCGGAGAUGAUGAUGAGAGUUCGUUCGAGGACCGCAUGGUUCCUAGGCCGUCACUCCGGAGUAGUAUGACGGGCAGUGGAUUGCGUCCAAACACUAGCCAUCCCGCGACUCCGUCAAAGAAGGUUGCCUCAUUUAGCGAUGAAGUCCGCUCUCAUGUUAUUCGGCCAACACAUGCCGAUGAAGAUGCUAUUGAGACGGACGAUGAAAUCUCCGAGAGUGCCAUCGAGGAUGACGAAGACUCUGAUUGGGAGGACUCCGUGACAGAGAGCGGCAAGUCUAGUGUGGAUGACCGACCGGAACUUUUCCAGCGGGUGGAUUCUCGACCUAACUUGGUGUCGCGGCGUCCUGCACUUCAACGAACUCGCUUGACAUCUCCCAACGGCCCUUCCAUCCCCACCUCGCCCCGGGAUAACGAAGAUGAAAGUCUUACCAUGCGUGGUCCUGACGUCCCCCGGUCUAAGCCCAUCGUUAUGAACCCGCCUCCACCCCAAUCCGUUGCUCACUCGCCACGCACUACUCGCCGCAACAUGCUUGCGACCGAGUUGACCGAGUCACUCCGCCGACACCUCCUCUGGGAACGACAGCAAAAGAGUGCGACCGCCAAUGCUUUCCUGAAGCGACGCCAUACCACCCACGAUAUGAAGAACCUCCAAGAGUACCCCGACCCGAAUGGACCUCACGCAGGACCAUCGGAAGCUGUCGAGGAGGACGCCGACGAUGAAAUUCAGGAUGCGGACCCUUCCAAGAACGGCUCGUGGACCAACUACACAACAGACUACGGCCCGUGGGAGUACCACGUCAAGGGGUGGUAG